ACGCAGACAGAAGGCUACAGCGAGGACAGAGAGGAGGAGGAGGAGAGAGCCGCGAUUACUGCGUACAGUGAGCUCGUGAGCUCCGCUCAUCAUUGAAGACAAAACAAGUCUGAAAACCUCAAAUUGUGAAUUGACGUCGGGAAAAGAAACGUUAAAAUUUGCGUGCUCAGCUGACUGUGAUUUUCUGUAGGACAAGUGGAUUUCUUUCCAACACCAUUCUGAAGACAGGUCGGCGGAGGAUCGGCGCGUCGGCGGAGGAAAAGGACCGUAGCCUACAGAGAAACGUGGUAGAGUAACCUGUUCUUCACAGGCUGUAAAGAAACUGUGUUUUUAAAACAAGAAAGGAACAGAAUUAAUCUCGCCGGAUGUAUAAGGACUUGUUCCUGACACCACGGACUGUAGCUGAACUGUGAACUAAAGAAGAGGGGUCAAAAGUUGUCACAGGAGGAAUAAUAGACGCACCCUGCAGACAAGAGGAUCCGCAUCUUAAUAAUUAGCGUUUUUACAUGGGAGACGCGAGGAUUUGUGGCAAAGUAGAAACCUAUUAGUUUUGUCUGCUUAAAAACGAUCAGAAAGGACGUUUUGUUUUCCAUUUGAAACUACAUAUAUUUUUAUUUUAUUUUGUUUCUUCUAUCUGGGAUGGUUAAAAUGAGCAAGAGAGCGGAUUUACAUGACUGGGACAAGUUGUGAUUUUUUUUCUUCUUUCAUUUCACCGUCAACACAACAAGCUGUUUGCUUUAAAACAAACAAACAAACAAAAAAAAAACAGACUGCAAAACCAAAGACAUCAAUGUGCUUAAGGAUGCAAGAGCCCUUGCUUUGAUUUUGAUUUCUGCCUUUCGAUAUAAAUGAGAAGAGAAAUACCUCAUAAUUUAUUAUACCUGGAAAGUCAAAGCCCCUUUUGAACACAAAGAAAAGUUCAACAUUUUCUUUUGUCUGACUGUGGCUUCUGCCUCUCUUUCCAUCUCAAUAUUUCAAAAACACACAAAAAAAAACACACAAAAAAACGGAACAGCACCUUAAUAGUUCCCCGCACUAUAUCUAGCUAAGGCUUUAUAAUUUUUUUCCCAAAUAAUGAGGAUUGAGACGAUAUCAAACCUGUUUUAGAAACUAUUCGGUGUGGAUUAUCACCGCUACAAUUACCUCAGCUUGAUCUCGACCUUCACAAAGUAGCAGAGUGCAGAAGGUUGGAACAAUGCCAGAUUCACCUGUGGAUGUGAAAACCCAGCCCAGGUCCACCCCACCCACCAUGCCUCCUCCACCCCCGGCUGUCAGCCAAGCAACCAAUCGCAAUGCUUCAUUCACCCCUGCUACCAGUAAAUCAAUGCUGAAUGGGAGCAGCCACUCUCCUACAUCGCUGAACGGUGCUCCGUCCACUCCUAACGGCUUCAGUAAUGGGCCGGCCAUGUCGUCGACGGCUUCGCUUUCCAACCAGCAGCUCCCGCCAGCUUGUGGUGCACGGCAACUCUGCAAACUGAAGCGCUUCCUGACCACACUGCAGCAGUUUGGCAACGACAUAUCACCUGAGAUUGGGGAGAGAGUGCGCAGCCUUGUGCUGGGGCUGGUGAACUCCACUCUCACCAUUGAAGAGUUUCACUCCAAACUCCACGAGGCCACCAACUUUCCUCUGAGGCCGUUCGUCAUUCCCUUUCUGAAGGCAAACCUGCCCCUGCUGCAGAGAGAGUUGCUCCACUGUGCCAGGUUAGCCAAGCAGACUCCAGCUCAGUAUCUGGCCCAACACGAGCAGCUUCUCCUGGAUGCGAAUGCCAGCUCGCCCCUCGACUCCUCUGAGAUCAUGCUGGAGAUGAAUGAGCACGGCAAGAGAAGAACCCCUGACAGGACCAAAGACAGCUCAGAGAGAGACGGGUUGCAUCCGGAGCACCUGGCUAAAAGGCCCUGCACCAUCAGCCCCAGUCAACGCUUCAGCCCCGGCACGGGUCUUCCUGCUCACCCACCUCCCAACGGCCUCCCCACACACCCGCCUAACGGCCUGCCCCACGCACCCAACCCCCAAGUGGGACCCCAACACUAUCGCUUAGAAGACAUGGCCCUGGCACACCAAUACAGGGACGCUUACAGACAUAAUGAACACCGCGACACCCGAGACAGGCACCGGCAGACAGCAGUGCAUGGAGCCCGCCAAGAGGAGGUGAUUGACCACCGUCUUACAGAUCGAGAGUGGGCAGAGGAAUGGAAGCACCUAGAUAAUCUUCUGAACUGCAUCAUGGACAUGGUGGAGAAGACGCGUCGCUCUCUAACGGUACUGCGACGCUGCCAGGAGGCAGACCGGGAGGAGAUGAACCACUGGAUUCGGCGCUACAGCGACGUGGAGGAGAUGAAAAAAGGUGGGAGCAACGGACAGCACUGCCUUCCUCCUCCUCCUCCUCCUCUUCCUCCUCCUACUCCUCACCACAACUCCUCCUCCAACACAGCUAGCAGCAGCGAGGCACUGCCCAUAGGAACUUCCUCGGCUUCUGAAAGGCAGACAGGCAGACAGACAGAGAUCCACAGAGACUUCUUACACAGGCCUCCCUCAGGAUACCUGCCAGAAGAAAUCUGGCGGAAAGCUGGUACUGCAAGCAUCCCGCUCUCCCCAGCACUAAAGCACCUUCAAAACAGGCAGGAGGAGGCAGUGAAUGAGGUUAAGCGACAGGCGAUGUCAGAGCUGCAGAAGGCGGUGUCAGAUGCCGAGAGGAAAGCUCAUGAGAUGAUUUCAGCAGAACGCUCUAAGAUGGAGAGGGCGCUGGCUGAGGCCAAGAGGCAAGCAUCUGAGGAUGCACUAACAGUCAUCAACCAGCAGGAGGACUCCAGUGAAUCUCAACAGAGCUGCUGGAACUGCGGGAGGAAAGCCAGUGAGACGUGCAGCGGCUGCAACACGGCUCGCUACUGCGGCUCUUUCUGCCAACACAAAGACUGGGAGAAGCACCACCAUGUCUGUGGUCAAGGCCUGCAGGGGAUGCCAGGGGGUAGCAGUGUCCCUCUAGGCAACCCCUCCUCCUCCUCAGCAUCCUCAGGUGCCCCACCCACCCACACGGAGAGCACUCCUCCAGGAGCCUUGUCCUUGGCAGGCCAGAGCAGUAUUGCGGGAGGGGCUGGAAGCGGCAGUGGAAGUCUUUCUGCCAGCCCCAAGGAGAGCAGUUCCAGCAGUGCCUCUCGCUCCACAACUCCAGCUACCCCCGCCCUAUUGGAUGCCACCUCUCGCUGACGUCUGACCCUUGUCCCUUCCCUGCAUAUUGAUGCGACGAUGCCCACACAAAACCAAACUGAGGAAUCUUCAUCGCACACUGCUCCCUUUCCUCCUCCCCUACUUCAGUCCUUUUUAUCCUUCUUAUCCUAAGCUCUUCUGAAAAUCUUCUCACUACCUGAUGAUAUACUGUUUUCCUCAACUGGUCACCUUCCCCCCCAAAAAUACUUUUUCUGUCUUUGUCUCUUUCACAACCACAGCCACAAAUACAAAGAUUCCAGCCUGGGGUUCAAUGUAGUGGAGAGCAUGAAAAGUGUCUCCUAUAUCUGUGUUCAGUCACAGAAACAUAUCAGAUGUGUUUGCUGAAAACAUGAGCUUUGACUUGAAGAUGUGACUAAGAUGUGCCCUCAGUAAUGUAAGCACAUUAAAUACUGUCCACAUAAGGACACAAGACAAGGGCUGUGGUAAGGCAACAUUGAUGGCGGGAUGACCAGACUGCUUAGCACUUAGAUGAACUUCCCUUUAAUUUAGCACCAAUGACAAAAAUGUACUCAGCCCUAAGAUGUGCACUACCAGUGCAAACAGUUCACUGAUGUUUCACUUAUUCUACAGUGUCCUAAUGGAGACAGGCAAGGACAAAAUACCUUUUUUCAAAUGGAUGAGGGAAGGGGAAAAACCUGUGGUGCGAUUAAUUCCUCAACACAGCUUAGUAUUUAUUAAAUGUUUCUUUCUGGCUUUAAGGGAAAAUAAAGAAAAGUCCAAAUAUUCUAAAUAAAGAAUAGUACUGAUGCUGAUGAUGCUAAUGAUUAUGAUGAUAAUAAUGAUAUGAAAAUAAAUUAAUUUAAACUGCUAACUACCUUGCUAGCGAGCCAAGAAAAUCUACACCGGACUCACCUCUCUGCACCAUUGUGAACCCAAAUGAAUUCAAAGAUGAAAAACAACAUGAUCCAAACCUUUGUAUGACACUGCCAAAGUGAGUAAGUAAGCGAUAAGGAGAAGCACUCAUCUUUUAACCAAACGCAAAGCAACAUCACCUCCUCAGCAGACAAGCCAGCCCUGAGAGGACCAGGCUGCAGAGAAGCUGCAGAACGGGACCCAGUGAUAGUCAAGACAUUUAAAAAAAAAAAAACUGUGAGUGACCUGCUUUGACCUGCAGCUGCCUCCUGCAGUCUGGACACAACUACAGCAAUUCAUCAGUGAUGGCCCAGACUAGUGAAUAUGGACAAUGCUGUGAAUUUGCCUACAAGAAAGACUCAAUGAAAUGGAUGGAAACCCUGCCACAGUGUGAUUUUUUUGUAAAAGGUAACUGAGAGGAAAGAGAGGAAAAAAGAGGAAAGCAAAAGCUACACGGCCUCAAAGGAGAUGAAGAUACAUACUACAUGGCAAAGGAGCUGCCAAAAACCUCAAAACAAGCUUGAAAACAAUGUCCAAGAAGGCAUUGCAUACUACGAAGUAUGAGAAGAUUGUUUGUAAGUUGUUUUUCUAAGCUCCACAACGAGGAGAUAUUUCAAGGAAUAGCUGUUACCUUUACAUUCACUCCCUCCUUUUCCAAAGCAUGAUAAACAGAUGAAAGAGCCUAGUAAAAGGGCGGUGUAGACUUGGUUCUCCUCUCUCUUUCUACCUCCCCUCACCCCACACCUCCCUUCUACGCUCUUCCCCGACUACAUGACUCUAGUCUGCCCCUAACCCCAGCCUGCUUUGGACAGAGCCUCGGAGCAGUCAUGUGGGAAGGGUUUGAACCUGCUUGUAGAUAUUGUUCCUCUUUUCAAAUUUCAAUGUCUCUUGUCGCUGAUGUCCACAUGUGCUGCCCUUGUGUAUAUCCAGAAAGAUGGACUUUGUUUUGAUUUUGUUACCUUUUCAUUUUUCCUCCUUUAAGUUUGGGCUGAGCAGUGAAGUCAGAGUAAGGAGGACACUCACUUAUGAGAGGAAGCCCCACAUUGUACUUAUUGUUUGAUUUGAUGUAUCUAUAUUAAUGAGAUGAAAACCCCUCUUGUAGAAUAUUUUGUAUUGCUCGCAUUGUAAGACAGUGAGAGGACGGAGGUGCAAUAUGAAGAGAAUUCAGCUACUGAAUGGAACCUCAGCAACUGCCCAUAGGGUGUCAUAUAAUAUAGAUACAUAUAAAUAUAUUUAAAGUAACAUCAGUAACUUAAUGUGAAUGUACAUAGUAUUUAAAGAGGUCCAAAAAUGUGUUUGCCAAAUAACAGAAACCUUUAAAGUUUAAUGUCCAGAAUAUGAUUUUCUCACAGUACAUUUAUUUCUCAAAUUUCAUUUUUUCUCUCUCAUACAAGUUAAAAACAAUUUCAAUUUUCACUUGAAUCAAAGUGUGACCCUGAGUGGAGGAGACUGUUGGUAACAGAGGUAAAGUGGUACCACAAUGCGUGUAGCUGAAAAACGAUUAAGAGUGGCUGUACACUACAAGACUUCCAGAACAUAUUCUGAACUAAUUAAUUAAUUAAUUAAUUAGGCUUUUAUUUGUAAUAUUUGAAAAAUCUACAUUGUACGACACCAAGAAAAUUAACAACUAAAUAACAUGUUUAUGUUUCAAUGUAAUCGUCUUCAUUUGUAUGAUGAUAUUGAUGGCGCAAUUGGGACUAAAUGCUGUCAUUGUUAAGUGCUUCAUUCACCCCAUGUCAAUUUACAUCAUGCAGGAGGGGACUCAAUAGUGUGUAUUGACAAAAAAGUCCAAAUAUAUUCAAUAAUUUGAAGAAAAAGUGGUGACUCACUUUCUAAUUUAACUCUUCUUUAACUUUCUGCCACUGUAGUGACCCUCUCUCUCUUGGUCCCCAUCAACCUCUGUGUGUGUGUGUGUGUGUGUGUGUGUGUGUGUGUGUGUGUGUGUGUGUGUGUGUGUGUGUGUGUGUGUGUGUGUGUGUGUGAUUAGGAGUGUUUGUUUCCCCCAAGGUGCAGGAUAAGCCAUUACAGUAGGAUUAAGUGAUAUGCCAGUGUUAAGCUACAGCAAAACCUCAAAGCUAAUUUUCAUACCCAAUCUUUGUAAUGUUGCUUUUUUUAAUUUUUUUUAAUUUUUACAUAUUAUUGUUUAUUUGUAAAGAUGCAGGUUGAGCAUAAGCUGAUUAUCUGGGACAGGUAUUUAAUUCCAGGCCAAGACAGUAACGUCACCUCUUUAGGUUUUAUAUUUUUUUGCAGACCUUUCCACACGCUCCAUCAAUAUGAUCCCCUCUUGUAAACACGUUUGUUAAACAGUCUCAAGGCCUUUACUCACGCAAAUGUAAUAUUGAUCAUUGUUAACCCACCAAAGUUGGCCUCAUAUACACUUGGACCAAACUUGGAAAACAUUUAUUUUUGCAGUGAGUGGAAUAGGAAACUUGUUCAUCAACAGAUGAAGUGAAUCAUUUCAUUUGGGCUAUCUAAGACACAUAAUUCAAAUAGAAUAAGCUGCAAGGUACCCCUGCAUUUGUGUGUAGCAUUUAUGUAUGUGUGUUACAAUUACCGUGAUAUGGUGUUGACCUCAGCCUUAUUGUGUCAUUUUUUCCUUUUCCCAAUUAAGUCUAAUUCCUCCACUACUACCCCAGACCACUCUUCAUAAACCCCCUUCACACUCGCUACCUCCUGUGACCAUACAGCUAACCAGCAGGAGAGGUUGACCUGGACUUUGAAAAGCUGGGCUGAGAGCAGACAUGGAAACGCACAUUCAAAAGCGAUCAUAUUAAAUCUGUCUAAAAUUGAUAAAAAAUAAUAAUAAUAAUAAUAAUAUUGAAAGGAAUGGCCAUUACUCAUGAUGUGGAAGAAUAUUUAUUCUCACCAGACCUCACACAUACUGUUACAGUCAAACCUGCAUAUUACCAAACUGAACACAUGCCAUUUGUUGUCCAAAACCAAUAAAAGCACAGACCAAAGUACUCUAUUGCCAUUAUAGGCUUUGACACAGUGUGUAUUGAAAGACCAGAAAUAAUAAGGUUAGAGCUCCACUACACCAGUUAACCAAAGUGUCUGAAAUAUACACAAUCAGGGCACAAGAGUGAAGAGCAUGCUUAAUGAAUGAGUUUCAAAUGUGUAGAAUUCUUAUUCAAGCAAUCAAAGCGCUUGUUGUCUACAUAUUGAAUAGUGCUUCUGUAAAAAUAAUAGAAGCAUCUCCUUUAGAAAAGCCUACUGAUUGCGUGUUCUUACAGUUACAAAGCCUUGCAGAGAUAAAAUGAAUGCAUGGUGUGUGUGUUUGUGUGUGACUGGUGAUGGUGUGUGUGUGUGUGUGUGUGUGUGUGGUGUGUUUUAUAAAAAAAAAAAUCUUGUCUUGUCUUCUUGUCUCUGUACAAACUACUUGAAACUUUCAGAGCUUUAAUGAAACAUCCCAGACAGACUGUAGUGGCAGAUCGAUUCACAAUAUGUAGCAACAGCUUUGUGCAGUAAAAUACCGUGUUUGCGUACAAUAUCCGCAUUAAAACAACAUUGUAAUGACGGUUCCAUUCAACUCUUAAAUGCUUUGCGUGUGCCUCCUUGUCUGCAAGUAAGCCCUCAGAUAAACUAAACCCAGUAGAUCACUUUUAAAUGACCAAAAUACAACCAAAAGCUUACUUUUUCUAUUUAGAUUUCACUUUGGUUAAGGUUUUUGUGUUAUGUCCCGGCAUUAGGGAAUGGUCGAUAGUUUGGGACAUGAGGCUGCAGUCCCACAAAAGUCGCAGCUGAAGAGCAAACUGUCCUUCCCUGUGAUUCUCCCUCCUGAUUUCAUUGGACAGGAUACAAAAAGAUCAAUAUUCUGUUGCGCUGUGUGCAAGCUUCAUUAAGUCAUGAAACAAAUGAGAUUCCUGCCGAGGUGUCAUAUACUUUUUUAUGUAAAGAUAUAACAGAUGGCAAAUGCAAGGGCUCUGCUGUUGUGAAUAUCAUCCAAGGAUCUCUGAACACUUUACAUCAGCCACUUUUCUGUUUGUUUAACUAUGUACAUGAUAUGGGCAAAACGCAUGUUUAGAAAAGGCAAAUAUUAGCAGGUUGGCAAUUGUCUCUCCCUACCCCAACCAGUAACUCUACCAAUGAAGUUUCAAGGCUCAUCUGAUGUGAUGGUGACACGUCCUUUCUGUGAAACAGGCACUGAUGAAUAGCUACAGUAGAAAGCUAAAGUGGCAAACAGUGGAUACAGCACUUGUUUUCUCCAAAGCCAUGGCUCAGGAUGGUCCUGUUUUUACCUUUACAGUACAUACAUUGAAAAAAAGUGUAUGUUUUUUAUGUGUAGGGAAGCAUUCUAUACUGUUUUGUGCAAUACAUUAUUACAGAAAAAAAACAUGUUUCUGUAGGAAAGGUUGGCGCUUUGAAGAUUUUUCUCCUUUUGUUUUAUUUUCCUCUUCAAAAAGGUCCUGUUGCCGUUUUUAGAUGAAGUUAACUGUGCCAGAAGAAUUAAAUUCUGAUUUGUAUUUAUUUCUUGCAUGCUUUCCUCCCUGUUGCUAAUACCGCUCUUUAACUGUUCGCUCUGUUGGAUGUGUGAAGCUGUAAAACAUUCUAAUUCAGGUUAUUGUCUGUGUUGAACAAUGUAACUGUGUAAUUAAAACAUGAAAUGAAAUAUUCA